AUGUCUCACGACCCUCCUGGGUUUGGAGGCCGCCUCCAAGUUCGCUAUACUUGUAUACGGAACAUGGGCAGAGAAGGUCUGUCGUUAACGGAGAAUAUCUCAGUAUGCGUCUCUAAUGGCGGCAUUUUGAUACUUGCAAUUAUUGAUUGGACUAUUCCAAUGGUAUACGGGUUGAUUCUCAUGUCGCUCGCAUUGUACAAAGCUGCAGAGUACUGGAGAAUGGAGGCUGGGCUUAAAGGGUCCAAGCUUGUGAAUGUUCUCAUCCGUGAUCAGACAAUAUAUUUCGUACUUGCAGUAUCAUGCUGUGUUUUCAACAUAGUGGAGUUCAAAGUGGUUACAGGCAACAGUUCUUUAGCUAUUUUUUUUGAUCAACUUGGAAGCCCAUCAUUCCUGUGUAUUCUGGGAAGUCGACUAUUCUUUAACAUGAAGGAAGCAGGGAAACUGGGAGUCAAUGAGGGUACGAGCUAUCGCAUGAAAUCCGUGAGCAACAUUGAAUUCGAACAGCCGCCAGUACAAACACUGCCGAAGGCUCCCCGGAUGCAUCUCGAGUGUAGUUAA